AUGGAAUUUCCGGAUGUUUUUACUCAGUUUUGGUCUGUCGAAGUUGUUCCUGACGUCGUGUGUACCGUAACUGUACCUAAUGGAGCAACAUGCACUAUUUCAAAUGCUGCAUGUGGCAUUGAAUCAACAAAAUCUGAUUCUGGACGAGUUUAUUUAUAUAUUAAAGUUAAUGAUUUAGAAGAAACUAUGUUAGUACCAUUUAUAAUGAAUUCUUUUGAGUCAACAAUUCUCGAUUUACCUUUUGUUGGCGGUGAUUCAUUCAAACUAUACUCAAAAGGCGUUCCUUGUAAUAUAUAUGUUAGUGGCUAUAUGCCAUCUGGAACAAUGUUAGAUGUUGAUAACCCAAUUCCUAAAUCAGACCCAAUUUUAAUGAAUCAAUUUGAUAAUCGACUUCAAAUCAAUCUUUCAGUCCCUCCCAUAGAUGAGACAGCAACUGAAAACACUAAUGUUGAUGAAACUAAUCAAGAAAAUUCAAAUCCGACUCCAACUGAAAAUACAGAAUGA